CUCUAUUCACUCGUCCAAGAGAGUUUCAACACGAAUCUCCAGGAAGAAAAAUGGAGAGGAAGGAAGAAGUUGGAAAAGAAAAUGGAAAUUCAGAAGAAGGAUCACAAACCCUAAGAGAUGGUUCGAUUUGUGGAUUUGAAUCUCUUUCUCGUCUCCUCGAAUCGUCCCUUUCUCCCCAAGCUUUCAAGGAGGUCAGCCGCAUGCUUAUUGGACUGAAUUGUGGAAAAGCACUUGAGCCCUUGGAAAUAGUAGAAACCGCCAAAGGGUUGUCUUCACAACAUGAUUUUGAUAUUCAGGCAUUCAGCUUUCAUGCCGACAAGGAAUUACUGAGAGAACCUCGUGUAGUGCGAGUUGGACUCAUUCAAAACUCCAUUGCUGUGCCAACAACUGUACCCUUUCUUGAGCAGAAGAAAGCUAUCUUUGAGAAACUGAAACCCAUCAUUGACGCAGCAGGUGCGUCAGGGGUCAACAUAUUGUGUCUACAAGAGGCAUGGAUGAUGCCUUUUGCAUUUUGCACUCGUGAGAAAAGAUGGUGUGAAUUUGCUGAGCCCAUAGAUGGAGAAUCAACACAAUAUCUUCAAGGUUUUGCAAGGAAAUAUAACAUGGUCAUAGUAAGCCCAAUACUCGAGAGAGAUUUGAUACAUGGGGAAACUAUCUGGAAUACGGCAGUUAUAAUUGGGAACAAUGGUAACAUAAUUGGCAAGCACAGGAAGAAUCAUAUACCCCGGGUUGGAGAUUUCAAUGAGAGUACAUAUUAUAUGGAGGGUAAUACCGGACACCCUGUGUUUGAGACAGCCUAUGGAAAGAUUGGUGUCAACAUAUGCUAUGGAAGGCAUCAUCCUUUAAACUGGUUAGUUUUCGGCUUAAAUGGUGCAGAAAUUGUCUUCAAUCCAUCUGCCACUGUCGGUGAACUCAGUGAGCCAAUGUGGCCCAUCGAGGCACGAAAUGCGGCAAUAGCAAAUAGUUACUUUGUAGGGUCCAUCAAUCGGGUUGGUACGGAGGUAUUCCCGAACCCAUUCACAUCAGGAGACGGAAAGCCGCAGCAUGCAGAUUUUGGUCAUUUCUACGGUUCAAGUCAUGUUUCGGCACCAGAUGCUUCAUGUACACCAUCUCUUUCUAGGAACAGAGACGGGUUGUUGAUAUCGGACAUGGAUCUUAACCUAUGCAGGCAGUUAAAGGACAAAUGGGGGUUCCGUAUGACGGCUAGGUACGAAUUAUAUGCCGACAUGCUUUCGAGAUACGUGAAGCCCGACUUUGAGCCCCAGAUCAUUUCCGAUCCCCUGUUGCAUAAGAACCAUCUCUGAAAGUCGAAAAAUGUCGUUCAAGUGUUGACAGUUGAAAAUAGGUUCUGGGGUCUUGUAAAGAAAAGCAUUUGUGUAUUAUGGGAUGAUAAUCAUUAUGCAAAAGGAGUUUGGUGUGAUGUUCAUUUAAUAAUUUUGUAAUUUGCAACUCAAAAUAAUGUUUGGUUGGUUUGUGUAUGUGGCCUAUUUAGGGAUGUUUAAUCACAUAAUUCGUGGUAGUUUUUGUAUAGGGUUGUAUAAAAACUCGAUCAGUUAACUGAUCUGUCUUGCAUUCAACUUGUAAAAUGGAUCGAUGAUCUCACUUGUAAAAUGCGUUUUAUUGUUUU